CGCCACGCUUUUGAACCAAGCCAAAUAAUGAGCGUGCGCGGCCAAAGAACCUCGACAAAAUGGGUUCCACAACUUGUAUCUAUAAAUGCUGUAAUAUAUGAACGCUUUUAUGCUUUAAUCAAAAUUUACGUGUGCGUGUAUUGUCGUCGUCGUUGUCCACCGUAUCGUCGUUUUUGUUCGUCGAUGAUUAACAAUUCCCGAGCUAGAAAUACAGCUGAAGCAGAGGCUGUUCAAGUUUGCAACUAAUCAAAAGAAGAGGCUCGGCACAAAGGCGACAACAGGUGUCUGAAUUUGCUUGUCGAAUGGGAUGUUUGUUUGCACGGCAUAAUUUUGGACGCUGGCAACUAAAACACGGGAGUGAAGAGACACUGUAUAAAUAGUGCAACAAGCGCGCGAUCGUCGCGUACAAUAUUGUAAUGCCGUUUUGUCGCCGCCGUCGCCGCCAAGUCCUCGACGUUCGCGCUGCCUUUGCCUCCUCUCGCUAUUGACGCCGACGGAAACGUCUCAACGCCGCCGCCUUUGCCGUCGCUUGUGCAUUUAAUUCUAUUAGCCAGUGUAACGCGUGUGCGAUGUAAAUAGUUCGGGAUAAUCCGGCUUAGCUCAUUUAUGACAUUGAACACUUUGAACGUCACAAUUGGCCGACCAAUGAUGGAUGUACAGGAUGGUAAUAAUUCAUUGUCUGCUGUCCGUGGACGGGGAGAAGAAGGCGUCUCUGAUGUUUGUUGAUGGCGGCGUAAAAAGCAACUUUGGCUGAACAUCAAGGAAUGGCAUCGCCUGCAAAUUUAAUUAAGUUACAAUUGGCCAUCCAGUGACGGAAGACAAUGCUUUGGUGAAUUUGUGCCCUGAAGACAGCGUUUUGGUGAACGGUACCUGCGAAUGUGACCAUUCGCUCUGCGAAGAUCCGCCCCAUUGCAACGAAGAGCUAACUCUCAUACGCAACAGUUCAGGGACACCUGGCGUAUGCUGCGCGGAGUAUACCUGCGGCAUGUGCACUCGCGAAUCGAUAGCCGCAGGAGUCUGCAUGUGUGCUGUAGGCGCAAUACUACGUCCUGAUGGCGUUUGCGAGUGUACUGAUAUAGGAAAGCGGAUUGAAGAUGGCGUAUGCGUGUGUGAUUCAACAAAGUGUCCACCGCUGCAGGAAUGUGAUGACAAGUCCGUGGUAGUUAAACAAAAGGACGAAUGUUGCACGACUCAUGCGUGCAUACGUUGUUCUGAAGACAGUUAUCCACGGCGGACCAGGGACAAUUUGUCGACAAGUGGUGACGAUGAAAUUGAAGCCAUGUGCGACUGUUUUCCAUGUGAACCACUAGUGUGUACAGAUGGUAUUGUGAAAAUAACUCGAAUAGGUACAGGUUUCCCAGGAAAAUGCUGUGAUCACUAUGAAUGUCAGACAAAUUGUACAGUUGAUGGCAAAACCUAUAUUAAUGGAGAACUGAUUGAAACGAAUCACACCACGGGUGUUUGUAAACACGGUGUUAUUAUAUAUCAGGAAGCGAAUGAAAAGCACAUUGAAACGUGCUUGGACAGUAAUAAUAACAUGUACGAAAAUGGACAAGAAUGGAAUGAAGAGGAUAACUGCACAAAGUGUAUAUGCCAAGGAGGUGAAGCAAAAUGUAUCACUGAUUCUUGCAUUGAAGAAAAACCGAUUAUUACAAUAAAACCAAAAUGCAAAUUGUUAACGCAUUGCUCGAAAACAUGUCCAGGGGGAUACAAAAUCAACAAAGAAGGAUGCCCGGUGUGUAAAUGCAAAACACAUGAGGUCUUCCAAAAUGACCUAUUGACGAUUAAGAAAUUUAUGUUUUAUGGCAACUUAAGCGAAUCUGAUCUGAUCAAUAUAAUAGAAGAUCAAGAGAAACUGGUAAAUUUGCAAAAAUUUAUGAGCAAAAACAACUUGAGCGAACAUGACGUCAUAGUCCAAUUGGAAGGCAAGCUUAAAAGUAAUUAUUGCAAGGCAUACAAGCUAAAUGAUGUUUUGUAUUUAUUAUUUCCAGAUGCACAAGCAAAAACUAUGUGCAUGGGAUACACUGCGUGCCUGCCUAGCAUUGUAAUAUCGUGCUUGGUGGUAUUGGUGGUAACCGUCAUGGUCAUGCAAUGGCCAUUGCUUAAACGCCAUAUCAGUAAAAAAGUUGAUGAUAAAUGUGAUAAAUCCUCGUGUAAUUUGCUCCCUGAGAAAUCGUAGUUAGUGUAAUUUUAUGAUAAAAUUGUAAGAUAUUCAUUCAUUCUUUGUAUUUACUGUUCUCCUGGAAUGAACAUUUGUAACGUAUGUGAGCAAAUGACAGAAAAACAUUGAGAGCGCAGACAAUAAUUUUCUAAUAGUCUCUAAGAACUCUUUAUUUAUAUUUUUGCACUUUUUGUUAUUCUAUACGUUUCGGCCGCCAGGGUUAAUUUAUAAUUUACUUUAAUGGCAAAAGCCUCGGAUUACGUAAAAUUAAAUUAUUUACGGAAUUAUAAUGUAUAUAUACACUUUAACAAAGAUCUCGUUUCUAUAUUAUUUGCGACAAGUUAGGAACAAAUUUAACACUAACAAAUUUUCGAAUAAGAACAAGUAAUUGAUGUUAAUUAGAAUAUAAUUAAUACUAUACAAAAACUAAAUGUAGCCGAAUAGCAUGUAUCUAACACUAAUAAUAAGCGGAAUGAAUGUUUGUAUAAUUUAUAUGUAUCAACCAUGUGUGCAAGAACUGCUUUAAUUAAUUUAAUUAUUAGUUUCUGUUUUCUUCAAGAAAAUAUGGAAAAUUAAUUGUGAUAAACUGAAAAAAUUAAUUUCAACGUAUUAGGCAUUAUAAUUAUUAACGAAAUCGAAUCAAAGGGAAAUAAAUUGUAAUUACAUAUUUUGUUUUAGUGUCUUUAGAUGAACUGUUCCUAUUGUUAAGACUAAAACUAACUUACAUUAUUUACAGUAUUCAUGAGAGUAUUUUCGGGACAACUGUAAUAAGCGAAAUGUGUUAGAAAUACCUUAGUUUUAAAUUUGUAAAUAUGCAUAAUACAUUAACGUGCAUCUUAAUUUUAUUUUUGCAUGUUUGCAUUGUAUGAAAUGUUAUUAUAUUCUUCAAAUGCAUACUAUAACAUGAAAUACAGUAAACUUUAUAUUGUAUUCAUAUAUUCUAAUAAUUUAUUUACUAUGCUUCACAAAAUUGAGGCAAUAAUGUUAAUGUUUAUAUGUAUAUAAAUUAAUAUCAAUAAAUAUGAAUAAAAUAAA